AAUACCGGAACUGGACAAACGCUGGCUCACUAGCUUGCUAGCUUAAUGUACUAAAGUGAAGGUGGUGGGAAUAGGUUAGAGCAAACGCGGCUGUGUGGAUUUGCGAGGUCAACGUUAAUUUGUCAAACCUGUGCAACCACCACCAUCCUUCGUCUGACUCGACGGCCUCUUCUGACAAAAUUGGAUAACAUCCAGUGCUCCCACGGUUGUGUUGAUGAGAAGUGACACAUCAUGGGCAGCUUGAAUUCAUGAAACUUCCAACAUGUCUUCAAUCCUUGGACUCCCUAAACGAGGGUCAGAUGUAACAGUUCUCAUCACCAAGGUUCACUUGCAUCCCAAUUGUGCUCUUUUGGAGUUCUGGGGAACAUUUGGCCUAGAGAAGACAGCAGAUUACGAGUGCCUUUUCAAAGAAAUCCAAUGCCCUGGAAACAAAUUUCAAGAGUUUGAAGGAAAUCCUUGUGACCAAUGCUUGGUUCAGAUAGAUGCUACUUGGCACAGAUCCCGCAUUGUUUCCAGAAAUGGUUCAAACUACAGUGUGUUUCUCAUUGACAAAGGGUCGACAUUUAACACUACCACAAACAAGCUGGCAUGGGGUUGUAAGAAGGACUUCCAGCUGCAACCCAGGGUGGAAUUUUGUGUGCUAGCUAAUGUGUUACCACUCUCCCUUCAGGACAGAUGGACCCCUAUGGCUCUGGAAUUUCUCAAAUCUCUUUCCGGGAAGUCAUGGAAAGCGCAUGUGCAAGAUGUACUCAUGCCACACAGAACAUUUCUCCUACAUAUCCCCUGCAUAACCAAGCAAAUGUAUGAGAUGGGGAUUGCCAAGAAGCUGUCUCCAGAUGUGUUUCAGGACUUUGUUCUCACGUCAAUGCAAUCCCAAAAUGCAGCUAUAGUGUCGCCGGUGACUCAAAUACCGAUUGAAGCAGGUGAGCGACUGCACAAGAAAGGCGUCUUCCUGUAUCCAGAGCUGCUGAACGGAACUGUCGAGACCGUCAUAGUCACAGAAGUGACAAAUCCUCAGAGGAUAUUUUGCCAGUUAAAGGUUUUCUCACAAGAAUUAAAGAAACUCUCAGGGCAAAUCACACAGUGCUAUGAGGGCAGAACAACCAAUUGCGUUGUAGGCCCAGAAAUGAUUGGGUUUCCAUGUGCUGCACGAGGAAAUGAUGGCAGGUGGUACCGCUCUGUUUUGCAACAAGUCUUCCUGACCAACCAAAUGGUUGAAGUGUUGAACGUUGACUGUGGAACAAAACAGUUUGUUCAAGUGGAGAAUGUAAGACCUCUCGGUGCAGAGUUUUUCAGGAUGCCCAUUGUGACUUACAUCUGUUCCCUCCAUGGAAUCAUUGACAAAGGAGUUGGAUGGACAACCAGCCAGAUUGAUUAUCUCAGGACCCUUCUAUUGCACAAAACGGUGAUUGCCAAAUUUGAGUACCAGAGCAUCUCCGAGGGCAUUCACUAUGUCACACUGUAUGGGGAUGAAAACACAAACAUGAAUGACUUGUUUGGUUCCAAGCAGAGUAGUUUUCUGAAGAGUGAGAAAACACUUGGAGAUUAUGCCCUCAGCACUCCACACAGCUGCAAGCAUCCAGCUCAGCUAGAAACAAAUCAAAGAAAGAUGCAAAGUCCUGGACAGGCUGAGGACGAAAAUGUGAAAGGAAUCGUAAAAAAGCUGCCAGCUGAAGAACUCUCUCUCAACUCCUCGCAUGUGGCAUUUGUUCAGAGCGUAUCUGACCCAUCUGAGUUUUGGAUCCAAACACAGAACUAUGCAGAUGAGUUGGAUGAAGUGAUGGAUGGUAUCUACCAACUUUACAAAGAUUCUGUUAAUACAAAUGUGGUGACAAAUCCAACUGUUGGCCUGUUCUGUGCUGCCAAGGCAGAAGAUGGUGACUUCUAUAGAGCAACUGUGGCUGAAGUUGGUGAAAUGCAGGUCAAGGUGUUCUUCAUUGAUUAUGGAAACACUGAAAUGGUUGACAGGAGGAACAUCAGGACCCUUCCUGAUGAUUUAAAAAAGCUUCCAUGUCUUUCACUAAAAUGCACUCUGGCUGGUGUCAGGCCAAAAGAUGGAAGAUGGAGUCAAAGUGCUUGUGAGCUUUUCAUCAAAGCAGUCACAGAUGUAAAGCUGACUGUACGUGUGACAGCAAAGUACAAUGAUAGCUAUGUGGUUAAACUAACAAAUCCUGAAGCACAGGAAGAAAGAGAUCUGAGCACACUGAUGUGUUGUUCUGGCCAUGCUGAAAGGGCUGAAACGCAGAGACAACCACAAGCCCAAAUGACUAUGCAACCUGCCAUCCUACCACAACUUACAGAUGCUAGCAUCUCAGGUAUGUGCAGGAUCAAAGAAAUCCUUUCCCUUUCCCAAAAUACAGUUCUCCAUGCCAGGUAUAAAAGAAUAAUUCCUACAUUCAAGGAGCACAUGUUUCGCAUUGGAAAUGUCCUCGAUGUCAGUGUGUCCUGUAUCAGAGGCCCAAACGACUUCUGGUGCCAAAUGGUUCAAAAUGCAGGGCAUUUGAAAGUGCUCAUGAAUGACAUACAGGCUCAUUAUUCAGGCACUGAGUUUCAGCCCCUUGAGGAAGCAGCUUGUGUUGCUCGUCACCCUGGUAAUGGAAUGUGGUACAGGGCCCUUGUAAUUCACAAACAUGAAACGCCUGAUGUGGAUGUCUUGUUUGUUGACUAUGGCACAAGGGAGACUGUCCCCCUCCAUGACCUAAGGAGGAUCAGCCCACAAUUCCUUGUUCUGAAAGGCCAAGCAUUUCGAUGCAGUCUAUUAAACCCUCUUUACCCUACGUCUGCCACAAAUGACUGGAACGCAGAAGCAGUAGCAAGGUUCAACAGCUUUGUGGAAACUUCAGCAUCCAACUUUGUGAUUUUGAAGUGCACCAUAUAUGCUGUCAUGUACGGAGAGCAGAAGGUUCUUUGCAACAUUGUGGAUCUAGAAACUCCCUUUGAGAGCAUCUGCACCAGUAUGGUCAAUCUUGUCAAAAGUGCCCCGCCAAAGAAAUCUGCUUCGCCCUCUUUCUGUCUGGACACAUACUACUACUCGACGCACGAUGUCAAAACUGGAACAGAGGAACAAGUCACGGUGACAUCAGUGAACAAUGUCAGUCAGUUCUACUGUCAGCUCGAGAGAAACGCUGAUGUGCUAAAAGAUCUGAAGAUCAAAGUUAACAAUCUCUGUUUUCAGCUUGAGAAAGCAGAACUCAAAGAAGUCUUUGGAACUUUGUGCUUUGCGAGGUACACUGAUGGACAGUGGUACAGAGGAUGGAUCAAGGCCACUCUGCCGGCAAUUCUGGUUCACUUUGUGGACUACGGUGACACCAUUGAGGUGGACCAAUCAGACUUGCUUCCUGUUCCCAGAGAGGCUAUUGCCAUCAUGUCUGUUCCUAUGCAAGCAAUUGAGUGUAGUCUCUCUGAUGUCCCUGCCGAGGUUCCCAGUAAAGCAAACAGCUGGUUUGAAACCAGUUCGACGGAAUGCACAUUUCGAGCAUUAGUGGUGGCCCGAGAACCAGAUGGAAAACUGCUAGUUGAGCUGUAUCAAAGAAACACUCAAGUUAAUUCAAAGAUAAAGAAGAUGUUUCAGAUUGAGAUGCAAAAAGAAGGGCACUGUAGGGCACUUGAGGCUUCAGCAAAUCAUGACCAAAAGACUGCAAAGGUUUUCCCAAAAAAGGAAGAGAUGGACGAUCCCACUCCAACCUUCACAAAAAAUGUGUCUGCCCCAAAACAAGCAUGUCAAAUGAGGGCUGCCCACAAGUGUUCUUCACCAAAAACUGAUCAGCAGAUCAAAGGUCUCUACAUGCCUCAACACCAAAGACUGUCAGGCAGAAAGAAACCAAGCGAUACAGAAAAUGGUUAUGAGCCGACAGAUGCCUAUAUCGAACCAAAGAAGCAAAGUGGUUCCGCAGAAAACAGACGGGUCAUCCAGUCCAAAUCCGCUGACCCUGAGAAGGAAAGCAAAACUGAAACAUUCCCUAAACUUGCAGACCUGCCUACAAAAUCCAUCACAUCGGGUAUGGAAGCAGAUGUUUAUGUCUCGCACUGCAACAGCCCUUUGAGUUUCUAUGUCCAACUUGUUAGUGAGGAAGAUGACAUAUUCUCCAUUGUGGAAAAGCUAAAUGAUCCACAAUCCACCCCCCAAACUGAUGACCUCAAAGACAUGCGUCCAGGUGACCUUGUGCAAGCGGAAUUUGCAGAUGAUGCCUCAUGGUAUCGAGCAGUUGUGAGAGAGAUCCAUGGCAAUACGAUGGCUCUUGUCGAGUUUGUUGACUUUGGAAAUACAGUAAUUCUUCCAAAUUCAAAGCUGGGCAGACUCCAUAAGUCCUUCUUGCAAUUUCCCAUGUACAGCACACAUUGUAUGCUGAGAGAGACUGCAGGUCUUGGAAAAGAGGACGUGCUUGCCCUGGAAGUGGUGUCAGACUUCAAAGCAGACAUUGGUGGUGAUGGGGAAAAGAGGCUCAAGUGCCAGUUCAUCAGGCAGUCAGAGUCUGUGUGGGAAGUCAGUCUUGAAGACAGUGGCGUAAAUGUCAUGUGUAAAGUACCUACAAGAGGUUCAGCUGAAAUCCCCUCAGAGAAACUUGAAGUCAAGGAAAAACCCUCCAAGGAUUCCGACAUCCGGAAAAUGUCAGGAAACUCAGAGAAAUCACUGAACUCCUGCUCUCUAUGCUACCACCAACAAGAGUUUUCAGAGGGACAAAAGUUAGAGGUCUACAUCACCAAUAUAGAUGAUGUUCAAACCUUUUGGUGUCAGCCUGCAGAUUCAGAAGAGCUGGAUCAGAUAACAUCAAGAGUCUCUGAAGUGGGGGAUGCGGCACAUUACAAACCUAUUGAGUCUAACUCUCUUUCCCCUGGCAAACCAUGUAUUGCUCUCUUUUCAGACGAUGGUUUUUGGUACCGUGCACAGGUCAUUGACAAAGAUGGGGAUGAGCUGUCCGUUGUUUUUAUUGAUUAUGGAAACAAGUCCCAAGUCAACGUUGCAGAUGUGAAGGAAAUGCCUCAUGAGCUGAUGGAAAGUCCUCCACAGGCGUUUAGGUGCGAGCUAGAAGGCUUUGAUGUUUCACACGGGUCCUGGGACAGUAAUGCAGUUGACGUGUUGUCUGCACUAACAACAGACAAAGUGCUACAGCUGACGGUCACCGGUGUAACUAGAGACGGAGGAAACGUGAAAUGCCUUGUGCGGAUGGAAUGUGAGGGCCAGGCGAUAAACGAGGCAUUGAAAACCUGCUGGAAGAGCUCCACGACAGAAAAUGAACCUGCAGUUGGACUCACGACUUCAUACAAAACUACACUGCUUUGUGACUCAUCAGUGAAUGAUACUGCACCUCCUGAGGAUCAACUGCCCGAGGAUGAACUAGGCUUAAAAAGGGAUGCUGCUAAUGCACGCAUCGACCCUCCGAGAGACCACAGUGAAACGCAGAGCACUGGCAAUCUCAUUGACUUCCAUGCAGAUGUUUUGGCAUCAGGUAGUGGCUCAGCUGAAACAAUGUUAUCUCUACUAGAUAACAAAGAGGCUCAAGAUUUCUUUAGCUGUGACACAAGUCUGCUUGAAGCUGACGAAGACCCCGAAGAGGGUUUUUCUAUGAUUGGGCAAAUGGAUGAGAACCCUAAGGAGUCCAUCAAUGAGUCAGAGGUUACCACUACCAACUCUCUGCCAGGAGAGAUUAAUAACAACAACAUUGAAAGCCUCUUGAAUUGUUCUGGUCCAACUGAAAGAAAUGGGGGCAAGGUAACCCAUGCAAGGGGAAACAAUUCUACCAGUACAACAACAAUAACAAUGGUUCCUUGUGAGGCUGUUUGUCGCACGGAGAACGUCGACCUGCAAGAGACACAUUUUGAGAUAUUUGAAUAUGUGAAGCAGAUUGAAGCUGAACUGAUGCCGCCCUCCGAUGUGCUUCCUGCAUUUGAUGCUCCCACAGAGUGGGAGAUUGACACUGCGGCAGACGGUGUCUCAGAGGAAGAGCAGCCAUGCGUUGCCACAAAUGUUGAGGAUGACUCGAUGACUGGAGAAGAGACUCUGGCUCUUCAUGAGGAAACUUCAGUCUGUCUAUGUGCAGCCCUGCCUCUCUCGGCCUCAGCAGAAGGUGAGCCACAGACCUGCACAGCGCCCUCUCCAGAUCUGGCUGACGAGGAAGAAGAGGUAACCAGUUCUGAGGAAGAGGCCUCGCUGACAGAUGUCUGCACAGGUCAAUACGAGCCCAGUGACGAUGACACGGUCACCAGUGAGAGAGAGGAAGGCCUCAGCAGUUUGACAACACAGGAAAUGGUCCCAAGUGAAUCACAGUCUCCAUAUAGAGAGCUUCUUUGUGAACUGUUAACAGAAGCUCCGUCAGAGCCUGAAAUGUUCUUCUCCGUACAGGAUGAGGCCAUGCAAAAACAGAAUAACUCGGAGGAUGAAGAUGAGCUUUUCGCUCUGCCCUCUGACUCUGAGCCAGAAGCCCCCACAGCUGCCUGUCCAGAUUUGAUCAACCAGGUGGACGAGGUGACCCGUCUCGUGGGAAGGAUCUGUCUCUCCACAGAUCAGCGACAAGAAGCUGAAAGAGAGGAGAGUGAGCAGCUGGUGCGUUCACCCCCUGAGGAAACAGAGGAUUCCAGCAACAAUGAGCUCAACGAUGAAUCGUCUUCUGCUGAUGACAGUUUUGAGGCCCAGCUGUCGAUGACCACUCAUCUCUCUCUGAUGUUAAACCACGGUGCUGCUGACGCUCAUCUCCUAAAGUGGCAGCCAGAGGAGUAACCACUUUAUUGAUCAGACAGUUAUCUAAUAUAUGCUUUAAAAGACAAGUUUUAGUUCUAAAUGCGCUCUUUGGCCAUUUUGAUUUGUUGCAUUGCCCAGGCGUCUUCAUCGUUUUUGCCCUGUGGUUUAUUUCCUUGUUUCUAUUGAAAACAACCUCCUGGUCAGAGAGCCUUUGUGCAGUUUACAGUCCGUGUGCUGGCCCAGUGUUACUGCAGCACUGUUGGGACAUGAUCUGUUCUGAUAAACCACCGCAUAAUUCUUUAGAGAAUUCGUCUCUCACUUCAUCUUUUGUUGAAAGAAAUAUAAAAAAGCUGCUUUAUAUGUUUGUGAAACGCAGCCGUUUUCAAGUGUUUUCUGUGUUUGGUGUGGAUACAU